GCACUUUAAAAAGGGGAUUUUUAACUUUCAUUCAUUUUUUAACAAACGUCGUGUUAUUGAUUCAUUCAUCAUCGACAUUUUCCGGUCACGAAAAAUCCAUACUUACGAUAAUGGGUUAUGUUGCUCCUUGUUGUAUGAUUGCCGCGUCUUGUGACUGAAGCUCUAUUUUCUAACCUAUAAUUAUCUCGUUCAAAAUAUAAGAAAAAUUAUGUCAAGAAAGAAGCACAAUAUAUCUUAUAUGAAACCGGACGAACCGAAAUUUCUACGAGAACUGAAAGAACAAAUCGGAUACAAAGAAGGCCCCAAUGUCGAUACAAAGAGAGAAGCUUUACCAGAAAUCUCAGAUGAUGAGAAAGAAGAAUUGGCUGAUGAGAAGCCUGUUGUUGUUGUAUUGAACUCUGGUGAUCUGACAGCAGAAGAGGCAGAUACUUUCCAAAAACAAAAAGAUGAAGAGGAAAGUAAUGCUCCUGCAGAUCUAUCGAAGAAGGUCAUAUUUCGCAAAACUAGACCAGCAGAAACAGAAUCUGAUACAAAUAAUACAGACAAACCAGCUAAGAAGAAAGCUAAAAAAUUAAAGCAGUCACAGAAAGUUGUCUUAUCCUUUAAUGCUGAUGAUGAUGACGAAGAUAAUAUUGGAUAGCAUUAAUUAUACAUUCUUAUUGAAGUGUAUAUAAUAUUUAUAUAAGAUUUACAUUGUAUAUAGUAGAAUGUUUAAACUUAAUAUACAAUGUUAGAUUAUAUAAAAAAUCAGUCUAUAGUGAUUUCAAAGCAAUCUUGCUUUAAUAAGAAGAAACUAUGCAAAGGAGGA